UUUAAAUUCUAUGCAUUUUCAUUAACAAAGAAGCCAGCGACCAAUAAAUGACAUACAAUUUCAUGAUUUUGUAUUUUUAAACCACUAUUGACUUCUUUAUUGCAAGAAUCCACAAUUGUCGCAGUAAAAUUUUGAGUGUCAAAUUACUUUGAAAUUCUGGUUCUUGAAUUUGGAUUGGAGCCCAUUGAGCUGAAUUCCGAUGCUGAAUCAAGUUAAUGGGUUUUCUUUCCUGUUAUCUACUGUGUUUUUAACUGCUGAUUAAUGUUUAGAUGUCAAUGUGCAUUAUCGCUACAUGGAAGAAGUUGAUUUCAAGGUUGAACGAGGAAUCUGAAAUUUCAACCCUUGAACUUUAUGAUUUGUUUUGGAUGGAAAACAUUAACCUGAAUUUUGUUAUGAUGCAUGUUGGUACCAAACCAACCCAUUGAUGGAUGAAAAUCGAAAAACUAUUGUGGUUUCCUUAGUUUUUUCGUCAAUAUUCUGUUUAUAGUUUCAAAACAAAAGCCCACAAAUUCUUCUUGCUGCAGAAACAGAAUCCUGAAUUCAAGGAAGUCGGUUUCUACAGAAAGGGUGUCAAUGCAAGUCAGCAACAGGCAAAGAAAACCCCGCGUUCUUCUUGCUGCUUGUGGGAGUGUUGCGGCAUUGAAGUUUAGAACCAUAUGCCAAUGUUUUUCUGAAUGGGCCGACGUUCGAGCGGUUGCCACAAGAGCAGCGCUGUUCUUCAUCGAUCGACAAGCCCUCCCAAAGAACGUCUUUCUUUACAUCGACGACGAUGAUUGGUCCAGUUGGAAGAAAAUUGGUGACAAUGUCCUUCACAUUCAUCUUUGCAACUGGGCUGAUAUUAUGGUUAUCGCUCCACUCUCGGCAAACACACUUGGAAAGAUCGCGGGAGGAUUGUGUGAUAAUCUAUUAACUUGCAUAGUACGAGCAUGGGACUACACCAAGCCUAUAUUUGUUGCACCAGCCAUGAACGCCUUGAUGUGGAAUAAUUCUUUCACUGAAAGACAUCUUGUGCUUGUUGAUGAUCUUGGAAUUACGCUUAUACGACCAGUGGCAGAUGGAAUGGAACGAUGCAAUGGUGUCAUGGCCGAACCAAGCCACAUUUAUGCAACUGUGGUUCUCUUCAUGGAAUUACAACGUAAGAAAAACAAAACAGCCCACCAGUAACUGUAAAAUCGUGGAAGAUGGCCAUUUUUUCUUUAAGUUGAUUGGCAAAUGGGAUGAUUUGGGUUGCAUACAAAUUAGAAGCUGCAAUAAUAUAUCUGCCCCAUCCAUCUUGUCAAGCCUUUGUGAUUGUGUUCUUCUGGUCUGACUGAGAUUGGGAUGGGUAGGCUGUAAAUGAAUUUUGUUUCGUUCACUUUUUUUUUUGUUCUUCCCAAUUGUAUCAUCUCACUUGUGUAAUCUUACUUGACAUCAAACCAUAUUUUUACACUAAUAAAUAGCACUGCUCUCUAAUUUCUAUC